AUGUCUUCCGACAGCGACGUUUCACCCGACAACUUGAAUGAUGAAGCUGAUAGGUUAUUCGGAGUCCUUAAAGGAAACGAAGUCACCUGGCGGGAUCGUCAGCUUUUCUUGCAAUCGCGCGGCUAUAUGCUCAGACCAAGGCUAAGGCCUGGCUGGAAACCCUCAUGGAUAUCUCCCAGAAAGGAGGUGACGGACUGUGAGGACUCUGUUCCACUUCCACCGCGUACCCAUCUCGUUGACGCAACUCGCAUGUCGGAUGGUAAAUUGGUCUAUAUCAAGAGAGUCAAGAAAGGCGACAAUGAGUCGGGCAUCGCCACAUACCUGUACCAAGAAUCAUUACGACAAGAUCCGCGCAAUCAUAGCGUUCCCAUCCUUGACCUGUUCGAGGACACAGACGAUCCGACUGUUUCCUACAUGGUCAUGCCUUUUCUGUCACUCAUGGACGACCCUCCGUUUGAAACUGUAGCGGAGGUCGUCGAUUUCUGCGACCAAAUACUUGAGGUACGUUAUAUUCCCGGAAAAUACUCACAUUCUUCCAGCGACUGUGCGCGGAGGAAUCUCAUGAUGGACGCUUCUCUCCUCUAUCCGCAAGGCCGACAUCCAAUCUACGAAAAAUUAUCUCCCGACAUCGUCACUGUCGCUCCAUGUCUUUCUCGUACUGCUGUGGGAGGCGUGAAGUACUACUUUAUAGACUACGGUAUCUCUUCCUACUUCCCUCCGGACGUCCCCAGACUGGUGGUCGGGAAGGAUGGUCGAGAUAAAGAGGUUCCCGAACUUUCUCAUACUGUUCCUUACGACCCCUUCAAGGUCGACAUCUUCAUCAUCGGAAACAUUUUCCGACACCAACUUUACGACCAUUUCUCCAACCUUAGUUUCUUAGAGCCGAUGAUAGAGCUCAUGGUUCGCCCCGUACCGGAGGCCAGACCGACUGCCGCUCAGGCUUGGGAGGCAUGGAGGACCGUUCGUCGUAACAUAACACUUGCCCAUCGUAGCUGGAGGUUGCAUCCGCGUACGGAGCCACUAGCAGUGACGGCGGUGCUGGACACGGUAUCGCUCGUAAAAACAGGAUACAGUGCGACACGUUGGGCAUUGGGCUGGUGA